CUUCCCUGCUUCGCACAAUAAGUCCAUGGGCAUAAGUCCACCCAACGUAUAAAACGAUAUACCCAGCGAAACCGUCGAAUCAGACACCGUUUUGCAUUAUCCAAAAGUGGUGUUUAGUGGAAAGAAAGUGAUCGAAAUAUGGCAAUUUGGAAAAAUAUUGCCUUGAUUUUGGUGUUGAGUGCAGUGUCUGCGAUAGCCGAGGAAGAACGGGAAAAUGUGAUCGAACAGCUUUCAACUGAUGUGGAGCAGGGCCGAGGACGGAAGCGGUUUUACAAAUUUCUCAUCAAAGCCCUGGCUCCAAUGCUUUCAAAUGUGAUCUCCACCGUUCUGCUGGUGAAAGCAAAACUUUUCCUGGUGGGUAUUUUUUUAGCUGGAAUCUACUUCUUUGGGCACAAAAUCUGGCCCGGUGGCUUCUGCGGGCAUUCACUUAUAUCUGAUGGGCCACCACCGUUUUUCGGAGAGGGACUCACCGGCUAUCAUAGCACAGGACCGGACAUAUUCUCCAGCUACCCCGGGCCGGAAUCGGCAUCAUAUUCCUAUACACCACCACCAAGUAGCAGCAUUUCCAACGCUUAUCUUCCGCCAACUGUUUCUUCAUCGUCGUCAUCUAGCGGCAUCGUUUCCAGUGGGUACCUUCCACCCAAUCGGCGACGUGGAAAGCGUGCUGUCCAGCAUCCGGAAAACGAAGAACUGUUGGAAAAUGAAAUGUACUGGACCGACCAGUUAACCGAUAUGGCAUUCCGCUUUCUCGGAGUGACAUCGAGGACGUGCCGGAAGCGAUUCGUGUGCGAAUUUGAUUUCCACGCCCGAAGCAAUCCGUUGAUACUGUUUGUAACCCGAGCAAUGGGUCGCGACAUUUUCUACAACUAUCGGGACAAUGAUGACGAGCAGGCGAGCUCCUACAAAGAUUGUGGUCGAAUCUAUGCCGCAUGUGCGGUACCGAAGAAGAGUGUACCCCACCGACGACGACGUCCAACCACGACCUCAACGACGGAAUCACCCACUACCAUGGUCGACGAUGACAAGGCGAAUGAAAUCGGAGGUGAAGAUGAGAACACUGAACGGAGCUUCGAACCCAGUCAGCUGAACGAUUGGCAACCGCUGAGGGUGGAUCCAUUGAAGAGAUUGUUCAUACCACUGCUUUCUUCUGCAAGACAAAACUAG